ACAAUUACGUCAUUGCCCGUGCGACCAAUCGGCAACGGGAGGGAAAGUCCCAGCAACAGGCUGCCCUUCCCUGCCAGUACUAAGGUCGUGUUUAUGUCUUACAGACGGGUCACGUGUCCGCAGCCAAUAAGCUGCGCCGGCACAGAGCGACCAGGAAAAGUAAAUAAGAAACCGAAAGCAGAGUAACGAGAGGCAAGAAGACGUUGAUAACGGAGGAGUCCCCUGUGGAAAUGGCUGUAAUGGGGACGGGAACGUAUCCGAUUAACUUUCGACGGGUGAAUAGGCUGUAGUGCCCGAGUAGCGGGAGCCAGGGCAGUGUGCCUUGUAAGUCACGUGAGUGAGGUUUAAAGGUCCCUGGCUGUGACGGAGUAUCGGCUGGGAGAGGAGAGUGGGGUGCGAGCAGCAUGGAGUGCGAGAGGCUGGAUAGUCUGGACGGUUGGGUAGCUGUUCGGCCAAAUGCUUUUGAAGAGCCUGAGAAGUACAAGUUGGGCUUCAUCGUGGCCUGGAACCAGGUGGAGAGUAUGUUCGCGGUGACCUGUCAUAACCGGACCCUCCAGAGGCAGAAGCGGAGAGAGGGGGAGGCGGGGGAGCAGAGCAGCUGGGCCGGACUCUACUCGGUGCAGGACUUGGAUUAUAUACACCGGCAACUGAGCUCCGUAUGUAGCGCCCUAGCGCCCUGCUUCCCGCACCUUCCCUCACCCUCUCCCGCCGCCGGCAGCCUGUGGGCCUUGCUUUUUCCUGGGGCCCCGUGUUGGGAGUGCGCUCCGGAGGAGUUGGACGCAGUGUGCCGCGGCCUGGAGCGUUACUUCGGGGCGGCCAUUGAGCAUUGCGGCCUGAAGAUCGUGUUGGACGUGCUCUUCCCUGAGGAUGAAGACGAUAGCGAGCAGUACUUCGAGAAUCUGCACGAAUUCCACAAAAAGAGCCUAGAGGAGCAAGUGACCCGGGCCAAGGAGAACCUGAGGAGGAUCCUUCAUCAACACAAAAAUGCUGACAAAAUGACAUCUCUGCUCAAAGUUUACGAGGAAGAAGAUGAUGCCUUUAUGGAAUUAGUUACCGUGGCAACCCAGUUUUACCAAUACUUAUUGCAGCCUUUCAGGGAUAUGAGAGAACUUGCAAUAUUGUACAAGCUGGAAAUAUUGAAAUCCCUUGAACUGGAUGAACUGGGACCUAAAAGAAUAGAAGCUCUUCAGAAGGAGGUAGCUAAAUGGGAUGCAAGAGCAGAAGAGGCUGAGUGCUCUAUACAGAACAUAACUGUCAGUUAUUUCAAAGAAACUUCAAAGGCUUUGGCAGCAAUGCAGAAACAAAUGGAGCAAGAUGCAAGGAGAUUUGGACAAACCACAUGGGCAUUGGCAUUGCCCAGACUGGAGAAGCUAAAAUCUAUGUUAGCAAAGGAAACGCUCCAGUACAUGCGAUCCAAAGAGCUGUGCUUGAAUCAGAAGAGGGCAGAGAUCAAGAGAAAUAUGGAAAGCCUUUCUGAUACAGAAGAUGCUAUGAUACGAUUAGAUGAACUUGAGCUGCAGUAUUACGAGACACAGCUGGAACUCUAUGAUGUUCAAUGUGAGAUUCUCAAGUUUGAAGAAAUGUUGCUUGUAGCAGAGCUGGACACCCUACGGAGACAAAUGAAAGAAAAGCAAGAAGAGGUGGUGUACUACGACACAUGUGAAGACCCACAGGAGCUUCAGGUGUAUGAAGCGUCACAAAGUGUGUGCUCGGUGUCUACGAAACUUAAGAAGAAAGCUCAACAACUGGAAACUAAACGUGGGAAUAUAUGUGCCAGACGAGCCUUGCUGAGGAACAAGAAGGAUCAGUGCAUGGAGACACAGGAGUUAAAGCUGAAACAGUUUGAAGAAAUGCAGAAACGCCUUCACCAACACCAUUCUGUGCAGAUGAGAAGGGAAAAGAAGAGAGAGGAGGACAAAAAGAAAAAGGAAUGGGUAGAGCAGGAGCGUCAGAAGACACUACAGAGGUUAAAAUCAUUCAAACAUAAAAGUGAAUCACAGUUUGUACUCAAGUCGUCUCGGAUACAGUCAUCUAUGCCAAGUUUACGGCAAGGAAAACGACAACAUUUCAAAGCUACACAAGCAGCAAAAAAAAGCAGUGGCAAAGACGAUGUGCCUGUUCAGAUGUUUCUUCCAAAUGGAGGAGGACCUGAGUCUAGAUCAUCCAGUGAUAAAAUAGGCCAACACUUUCAACCACCUCCAACUCUUCCCCCUCCUCCACCAUCUCUGCCACUGCCCACUCUUCUUCCUCCUCCUCCUCCUCCUCCUCCUCCUCCUCCACCACCACCACCACCUGGUCCUCCCAUGGCACCACCAGUCCCUUUACCUCACGCAGUGCAGAAUUUAAAGCACAUUGAACCUCAGAUUCUGAUUUGUGCACAAGACACCACUGCAAUAACUGUUAAAAAGUCUACAAAUCAGUAUUCAGGUUCCAUGGAGGAGGUACUGGCAUCAUUAAAGCGGGGGGAAAAUCUUCUGCGCAGAGUGGAACAGCCACAGCCUGAUGUGAUUGAUGUCAGAGACAACAUCCUAAGUGCCAUUAGACAGGGAGUUAAACUGAGGAAGGUUCACAGAGAAGCUGCUAACAAGGAGCCAGAAAAUGAACUUGAGAGAAGCAUCAAGGCAGCCAUGAAAAGAAUGAAAAAAGUAUCUGCAGACUCAGAAGAUGAAGACAAGAGUGAAUAUAUCAGUGGGGAAUGGGAUACCUAAAAUAGAAACUGCACUGAUAGACAAUGUUUAUCUAUCCCUUUAGUACCUAGUGAGCAAAAUCCACUACAUUGCACCUCAUUUUUACAACAUAUCGACUUGCCUAUAUUACUAGUGACUACAAGAAUGACGUUCUCCAUCAAUAGUCUAGAAAUUCUCAUUAUUUAUAACAUUUGAAGCCUUUUCCUGAUUCUUUUUACAUUCUGCAUAUGUUUAGUGAAAGUACAGACAUGAAGGAAAUAUGACUGCAGGCGUAUUUAUAGUUUUAUGUCGCAGGUCUUGCAGUCUGGGUUUUUCUGGAAUUUGAAGUCCCUUUGCUUUCUAAGGUGAGUGGCACACAGAUUCUUGAAAGCCGAGGAAUUUCAAAAUAGAUUUAAGCUUUGUAAAAUGAUUUACACCUGAAGACGUGUAAAAGUGGGGUGAAAUAGCAUAUUAAUAAAUCUAUCCAUCUUCACUGGCCAAAUAAAAACUUUUAAACCAUU